GGCCGCGGGCCGGGCCGGGCGCCAUGGCGGGGCCCGCGGGCCGGGGGGGCCGGGCGGGCCGCUCCGUGUCCACCGCCACCCCGCUGCGGCCGGGCCGGGGCCGCCGCUCCCCCGGCGGCAGCCUUGCCCUGUACUUUUCAUCAAGCAGUGAUGAUGAAUUUGAAACGUUUUUAUCUAGAAUGAAAACUCCCAAACCAGUCUCCAGAAAGGAGCAUGCAAGGUUAAAGGACUUCAUCGAUGACUCGGAUGAUUUCUUCUUGGACCGUGAAGUGAGAAAGAGCACAACAAAGAAGGCACUUAAGGAUCUUCAAACCCCAAAGAAGCUGCUGACUCCUGGAAAGGAAAAUGAUUGCUCCCCAAAAUUUAAGUAUCCAGAGGUUUUAAGUGACAGUGAAGAUUGCGUCUUUGUGGGAAGUUCGUGGCAAGACUACCAAAAUGGGGGAGUGAAAGACUCGAAAGAGGGUCAGAGGUGCAUGAAACUCCCGCCUCCACAAAAUCUGAAAGAGUCAAUUGCCACAGGUAGUCCAGACUUCCUCAUUGGAAGGAAAGAAAGAAGUUGUGAAACUAGUACAGAAAAUAAAACGCCAGCCAUUCCACUGCGACCAAGUGCAGGGUUAGAAUCAGACAGCUCAGACAGUGAAUUUGAAUCAUUGAUAGAACGGGUGAGGAAACGAAGUGUACCCCGAAAACCGCUCUUAAGCACAAGUAAAACUGUCUACCAGCCGAGCACAAUAGAAAACAUCAAGCCACCCUGUGAAGGUGCCCAGUCCUCAAAAGGGAACGGAAUCAAGACACCAACGUCAAACUCCAUUUCACUUCACGAAACACCUUCAAGGGUAGCGGCUUCUGUGAGAAUUCCUAGGAAUGAGUCAGUCAGUUGCUCAGGAUCAGCACAGACAGAGAAAAAGCUUACCGUGUGCUCAGUGCCUGGCUGUUUCUUGCAAGAUCUCUCAAAUCCAGCUUCCAAGUAUGUGAAGUAUUUUAAGAAAAGUAAAGAGGAGCUGACACAGAAGCUCUACUGUCUCUAUAACAGCACCAUCUUUGAGCAGAAGUUACCAGAGAAUAUGGUAAUAACCUGGAACAAGAAAAUGAGAAAAACAGCAGGAUACUGUGUAACCGGGCAAACAAAAGGUCCUGAAGCCCAGCGUUAUGCUCGAAUAGAGCUUUCUGAGAAAGUCUGUGAUUCUGCAGAUCGUCUUCGAGACACGCUAAUUCAUGAGGUUUGCCAUGCAGCCACCUGGCUGAUCAAUGGUGUUCGCGAUGGGCAUGGGCGAUUCUGGAGAUACUAUGCCAGAAAAUCAGCUAUGAUUCAUCCAGAGCUGCCAAUGGUAACACGAUGCCACAACUAUGAGAUUAAAUACAAAUUCAUCUACGAGUGUGUUCUGUGCAAAACCACGAUUGGACGUCAUUCCAAGUCUCUGGACACAGAGCGCUUCGUGUGCGCACUCUGCGGGGGGCGGCUGGUCCUGAGUCAGCCCACUCAGAAGGACGGCACUCCUGCUAGGACACAUCUCACACCCUUUGCAAAGUAUGUGAAAGAAAACUAUGGACUUACUAAAAGAGAGCAGCAUGGGUUGAGCCACGCAGAAGUUAUGCGGAAACUCAGUGCUGAUUUUGCCUUAAAAACUAGGCUUGAAGAUUCCUUGUAAUAGCUUGAUGCACUUCGUUUCUUGAUGCCAUUCAACAUUUGUUAGGCCCACCUGCUUUCCCGCUACAUACAUGGAAUCUGUGAGAAGGUGUUUUGGAGGAUUCCAGACAAUUUUAAUGCUUUAGUUUUAAUAAGGAAGCCCCUAAGGCCUAAGUGAGCAAAAACAACGAUGAUGAUAGAAGGGCUCUGGCAAUCAGUCAGCCAGGGUAUCCCUCUUAGAAGAUGCAGUUCUAGACCCUUCCUGCGAUAGGCUUGCUGUGUUUGUCUGGAAUUUUCUGAUCUGUAUUUAGACACAGUGCUUUGUAGCAGGUUUUCAGUGACUCCAGUGAACUAUUAAUUUACUGUUCCUUCUGAGGAGCUGAUCUGCUCAGUACAUCCUUCUGUGUGUGCUACGUGUACGUCUGUCUGGGACUGCCAGCUGUGAGAGAAAAAUCCAGGCACGUGGGCAAAGUCCUCUGAUUCUGUCUGGGUCACUUCCAGGCAGGCGAAGAGGCAGACCUAAGGAAGGACCUCGGUAUAGAUUCAGCCAUUCCUCAAGUGAUCCUUGACUGUUUUUCUUAAAGUGGUAGGUAAAUAGUGCCUCAAAUCUGUUACAGUAAGCGUGAGUUUUUGCAAAGCUCUCCGGCUCCUACCGAGAUCAGAGUUCUUUCUGAUUAAUUUUUGACUGCAGUUGUGCCUCCGUCACUGAGAUUUCAUUGAAGCUACAAUAGAUGCAAAAGGAUAGGUAGAAAAAAUCAACUUCACUUUUUUGGACCGCAGAAUAACAAGAUCUAGUCUGAUGUAUUUUUUCCAUGUGGAACGUGAUUCAAUGCAUGGUUGUCUGCUGCGAACAAGUUUGCUCAGGUGGUUAUUACAUUUUGAAUAAUCAAUAAAUGUUUUUUAUACCAAUUGUCAUAACAAAA